UAGAGAGAAAAGGUUUUGGCGGUUGCUCAACUUUUUUCUCCCGCGCCACUGAAAGAGAGUGAAUUCAAUUCAAAAACUCAAAGCAUUGUUAUCGGAACGGACCACACCACUAGUCACGGGACGAUCGGAUAGAUGGCCGGCGAAAACGCGGCGGCGAAUGCAAUAUGUUCAAUCUGCUACGAGGAUCUGAAACCGGUGGCUGAGAAUCUUCAAUCGAUCUCCGCCUGUGGCCACGUCUUUCACGAGCUAUGUUUGCAGCAGUGGUUUGAGUACUGCCCGAGUGCGAACAAGAGAAACUGUCCGAUUUGCAAGCAGAAGUGUUAUCUGAAGGAUCCUUUCCGGCUUUACUUCCAAUCCUCCGGUAACCAGAUCGAAUCGGAGAAGGUUGCGGGGAUCGAGGAAGAUCCCGUGGUGUUGAGAGGAGAAGUGAAGCGGCUCGAAGGGAAGAUACAGAACCUAGCUUCGGCUCUGGAGGAGCAGAAGAAGGUGAAUGUUGAAGUCUCCGAUCAGUUGCAUCAAUGCAACGAGAAACUGAAGGAGGAUAAAACAAAAAGGUUGGAGGCUCUGCGAGAAGUAUCAACGAACAAACACUUGCUUAAACUAAAAUCAGAGGAAUGUGCUCAGCUUACUUCUCAGUGCGCUCAGCUACAAGACAGAACUAUGGCUCUUGCCAAGGAGCUCGCUUCGCUUAAAUUGGUUUCCGACAUAAGCUUGGAGGAAGAUGAUGUGCUGAAGCUUGCCUUGUUGGGGAAUAACGCAAAGACAAAAGAUACAAUAGACACACUUGUCAAGUCCUUGGUUAUCCGAAACAGGAGUUAUAAGGAGUUGUUAGCCAAGUGCAAUCAGCUGGGCAGAGGCGAAGCUCGAUCUUCUGAGAAACUUGAAAAAGCGUUGGAAAAGAUGGAUAAACUAAAGAAACGAGUGAGGGAACUUGAGAUGUUAACUGAAGAGAGUGAGAACAGAACAAUAAGGGAUAUAAUAAAAGCUUCAAAGAAUUGCAGUAACAGAGAAGUUUCCAAGCCUGCAACCGAGACCUUGGUUUCUUUCAGAGUGAUUCCAUCAGGCAACACAGUGGACGAAAUCUCUACACCACUUGGUAUGUUGGAGAAGAAUGCCGGCUUCACCAAUCAUGGAUCAUGCUCAAGGGGAAGAGAAGACUCCUUUGGUGGCAAAACGGAGUCAGUUAUCGAGGUGGAUGAUGAAGUUCCUGAAACCACCAUUUCUGGGAUCAGACAUUCUGAUUCUACUAUGACAGACGAGAAGGGCGAAGAUAACAAAGUUCAGGAGAAACGUGGUGAUCCGGUAGUCAAGGAUAUUAAGUUUAACAUCCGAGAAGAGUCCACAUUCUCAGCUGGUGCUGGGGACAGUUGGUUGUCAAGUGGAAAGAAUCAAAAUCUCAGAAGAUGGAGCAAACAGGGGGAUAGAAAAGAAGAUCCUCAUUCACUAGGAGGUUCUGUAUCAGGCAAGGAUGAUCUUAUCUCUGUUGGACCUGAUGGGAAAGGUGGAAGAAUCAAAGUGUUGAGAUCUAAACCCCAAUUUUCUAACGCUAAUGCAAGCUCAGGAAGUGGUAAGAGAUUCAAGACUGGAAGUAAAACAAGUGGUUCGUCCUCUCAAGGGUGUCUGCAGAUCGAACACUUUUUUGGAAAACCCGGUCGCUAACUUUUCGAGGUCUUUAUGAGAAACAUAUCUUUCUUCCUUGAAGAAGAAGCGUCAUGGUAGAGAGGCCUUGAUAUGAUUCUGAUAAGCUUGCAAAGUUUUUUUUUUUUUUUGAAGGCUUAAGCUUGAAUAGUUCCCUUAGCCUUUUUCAAGAAGAAGAAGCGUUCUGGUUGAUAGGCAAGGAGGAAGAUGGAUGUCAAUUGUCAAAAGUGGCCAAGUGAGGACUGAGGAGCAGGACUAGUACUAUGUCAUUUUAUUCAAUAGUUGAAUCUGGAGAGACAUGAGUCUUGAGGAGGACUCUAUUUGGAUUUGGCUGACGAUCCUCAAUAUUUCUAGUCUCUAUUCGAAGUGUAUCUGGUUUCGCUCAUUGUCAUUCAACAAACUUGUAAUACAAGUAUAUGAUAAGAGUAUAGAAUUUGAUUGCGAAAAGAUUUGGUAGCUAAACACUAUCCUUGGAAG